AGCACACUCAAAUCCUGAAUCCUGAAUCCGCCGCCGCUUAUAGUAGAAACCAUGGGAAUUAAAUAGACCAAUGCCAUCCAAAUGCUCCUUCCACCCCACAAGAGACUCGUUCUAUAAGUUAAGCACGUAGCGAACUCUACCAAAUCAACCCCCACCAGUCAUCUCGUACAGCGCAAGCCUCGCUCCACGAACGACACCGAAUAAGCCACAAGAUGAGACAUCACGCUGUGAAAUUCAGAGAUGACAUGUCAGAUAUUGGAAUACACACAGGGGCGCCAGAGCUGUGUGCAUGUCGGUUCACCACCCAGAGAUGGAGGUGCAUGCGCGUCGCGGCGAGGAUCAUGAACUGGAAAUCAUACAACAAGGCGUGGUAGGAAUA